UGAAAACUGAAAAGCCAAGAAAACCCAAAAGAGGAGCGCGCACUUCAAAUGACCUUUGCGCCAAUUAAAUUGGUGAUCGCGCCUCUUUCCCACGCGAAUACGAAAUCUCAGCCGUCCACGUUCACAUCGCCUUCACCAUCGCGGCUCUUUUGAUGUGACCGUGUCCUCUGAUAAAUCAUUUCCUCACUGUAGGUAGGGGCUAGGAUUUGCUGAAAAGCAGAAAAGCAUUUGUUCAACUGGACCGGUGUCUCUGGCUCGACUUCUUGUCCGAGACGCAGAUGGAGGACUCUGGGAAGCAUGGUAACAACAGUAAAUUCUUGAACCCAUGGAUGCUUCAGUUCCAAAAAAUGAGUCUUGAACUCAAGUGCCCUCUCUGUUUAAACUUGUUCAAAAGGCCGAUGUUACUUCCAUGCAACCACAUAUUCUGCAGCUCAUGUAUAGCCGAUUGCUCGAGGCCUAGUUCAGAAUGCGCUUUCUGUAAUACUCAUUAUACUCAAAGAGAUCUGAGGUCUCUGCCUAUCGUGGAAAACAUGGUUGCAAUUUAUAAAAGCCUGGAUGCUGCCUUUUAUGCCAAUCUAUCUCAGCAUCGUUCUUCUGAUGAGCUGCCAGUUUUGUCCAAGGAGCCAUCCAAAAUAUCUCUGGAAGAUAAUUUACACAGGGAGCAGUCAGUCUUUUCACAAACCGUGACUGAACGUGUUGAGGAUCCUUUCAGUUUAGACCAUUCUCGGGAAGUUGAUAUGGGCAAUAAUCACAAAUACGAGAAGAGUGGUAAUGUGAUGCAUGGUAAAGAUAAUAAGUUUGGGGGUUCUUGGAAGGAAGAAAUUUUGAUGAAAUGUUCCCAACUGGAUGGAGGGGCCCAUGAAGAUUGUGGACCUGUGGAAAUGGACAUAAAUCAAGUUACUCAAUCUUCACCAGGCAGCCCUCCAUUUUGUGAUACAAAAGGUUCAGACAAUGACUGCAGUGACCGGGACAGUGAACAUCGCAUGCCUGCUGAAAGAUUAGAAAGUUCUUCAUCAAAGAGAGCAAGCAAAGAAAAUGAAAUAUUGGAAAAGAGGAUCCAGUUGAGGUCUGAAAGCUCUGCCUCUGAAACAGAGGGUCUUGUGAGAGACUCCAAGAGGCCAAAAAAUCUUAUACAUGACAACAAUGGCAUGCAAGCUAAUGUUACCCAUCAAAGUAAGCCCAUGACUUCUGAAUGUAACGUGGACCUUAAAUCUGGGAUUGACCUGGAUUCAUGUUCAAAUACAAGCGUGUGUUCUUUUUGCCAGUCUUCUAGAGCCUCGGAGGUUACUGGGCCGAUGUUGCAUUAUAAAAAUGGAAAUUUGGUGACAGGAGCUGCAGCGUUCCAACCGAAUGUGAUACAUGUGCAUAAACUUUGCAUUGAAUGGUCACCUCAAGCGUAUUUUGUUGAUGAAACUGUUAAAAAUUUGAGGGCAGAAGUGGCAAGGGGAGCAAAGCUUAAAUGCAGCAAAUGUGGCCAAAAGGGGGCUGCUCUUGGAUGCUAUGUCAGAUCCUGUAGGAGAACUUAUCAUUUUCCUUGUGCAAUGGAAAUCUCAGCUUGCCGUUGGGAUGAUGAGGAAUAUCUUAUGCUCUGUCCAGCUCAUUCUCAUGUCAAAUUUCCAAGUGAGAAAUCCAUUUCUAAGAAACAGAGCUCCCGGAAGCAUCCUGCACCAUCUCAUUUGACAUCUAAGCUGUCAAAUUCUCCACUGGUUCUGUCAGAUGAUAGUAAACAUUUGGUUUUCUGUGGAUCUGCUCUGUCUACAGAUGAAAAGAUACAUUUGAUCAAUUUUGCAAGUAGGAUUGGUGCUACCGUUACCAAGUUUUGGACGCCAGAUGUGACACACGUGAUUGCAGCAACUGAUUCAAACGGAGCAUGUGCCAGGACACUUAAAGUUCUUAUGGCCAUUUUAAAUGGGCAAUGGAUUCUUAAAAUGGACUGGGUAACUGCAAGCAUGGAGGUGAUGCGUCCUGUGGAAGAAGAGCUAUAUGAAAUAAGUCUUGAUAACCAUGGCUGUCAAGGUGGCCCAAAAGCUGGCAGACUUAGGGCAUUGGCCAAUGCGCCCAAGCUGUUUAACGGCUUUAGUAUGUACUUCUCUGGUGAUUACACGUCAGAUUAUAGGGAAGAUCUUGUAGACUUGGUUGUAGCGGGAGGAGGCACUAUUUUAGAAAGCAAGGAAGAAUUGCAUAAAGGUCAUGACUGCAAGGAGACCUCAAAGCUGAUUGUUUACAAUCUUGAUCCUCCACAAGGGAGCAGGUUGGGGGAUGAAGUUACAAUUCUUUGGGAGAGAUUAAACGAGGCAGAGGAUUUAGCCGCUACCACUGGUUCACAAGUCGUUGGUCACACAUGGAUCUUGGAAUCAAUUGCUGCAUGCAAUUUACAGCCUUUUCUUGGUUAGAUUGCUCCUAGGUAGGUGAUACCCAGUUGUGUGGCCUAAACUAACGAGCUAUUUGUGCCUAGCGAGAGGCUUGUGUACAGGUUUCAAAUGUAUUUUGUACCAUUAGUUAUGAAUAAUAUAUUAUUUAAUGACAUUCUGGACCGUAGUGGUUUUUUGAAUGUAUGAAGUUACUUUUGCUCUUUAACGAUUAACUUUUUUUGAGCCAAAA